CUUCUAUUUGGCGUCAUUGGUAGGCGAGAGGCGUCGCUGCGAGACCGGCUCGGGUUCCCGCCCGCCUUCCUCUUGCGCUUGAUUCAGGCUUGAGGGGAAAAACAAACGAACCAAGACUAAAAAGACGGUGGAGGGUCGGGAGCCCCACGGCAUUCUUCGGUGGCCCCCAUGAUGAGGCGCAGCAGGGCGGAAGUAGACCGCUAUGUCUCCUCCUUGCAGGCCUCGGCGCCUUCGCCCAGAGAGAAAUCCAUGAAAGGAUUCUUUUUUGCUAAACUGUAUUAUGAAGCAAAGGAGUAUGAUCUUGCCAAAAGGUAUAUAUCUACAUAUCUCAGUGUCCAAGAAAGAGAUCCCAAAGCACACAAAUUCUUGGGACAACUUUAUGAAGCUGAAGAUAACAUAGAGAAGGCUGUAGGUUGUUACAAGCGUUCAGUGGAGUUGAACCCAACACAGAAAGACCUCGUACUGAAGAUUGCAGAACUACUAUGCAAUAAUGACAUUACUGAUGGAAGAGCAAAAUACUGGGUUGAUAGAGCAGCAAAACUCUUUCCUGGAAGCCCUGUAGUUUUCCAUCUCAAGGAGCGUCUGUUAGAUUGCAAAAGUGAAGAUGGUUGGAAUCAGCUUUUUGAUUUGAUCCAGUCAGAAUUAUAUGCUAGGCCAGAUGAUGUAUAUGUGAACAUCAGAUUAGUAAAACUGUAUAUGUCAAACAAACGCCUUGGAGAUGCUGUGGCACACUGUCAGGAAGCACAGAAGAAGAUUUCUUUGCAGUCAAGCUUGGAAUGGUGCUCCUGUGUUGUACAGACAUUUAAGGAAUAUCUGGAAUCUGUACAGGACUCUGAAUCUGACAAAAUUAGUUGGAGAAAGAUUCAUCAGGACCUCUUAUUGGCUUACUCCAAUUUGGUUGUAAUGACACUUUCAAACAGAGGUGUAGAAGAAAGCAGAGAAGCCCUUGAAAGCUUUGAUCAUGCACUUAAUUCAGUGAAGCCACAUGCAACUGGAGGUGAUGAACUUUUUGUAACUUUCUUGGAAAUGAGAGGCCACUUCUACAUGCAUGCUGGAACUCUCCUAUUGAAAAUGGCACAGCACAGUGAGAUGCAAUGGAGAGCUGUUUCUGAAUUGGCAGCUUUAUGCUACCUCCUAGCUUUUCAGGUUCCUAGACCAAAAUCAAAAUUAAUAAAGGGAGAUCAAGCUGAACAGGAGAAGUUGGAAAUGUUAGCCUGCGACCGGCAGAGCCAAUCUGGACACAUGUUGCUAAACCUCAGUUAUGGCAAGCAGGACUUCUUCAAGGAAGUUGUUGAGUCAUUUGCAAACAAGAGUGGGCAAUCAACUUUAUUUGAUGCACUGUUUGGAAAUGGUUCUUCUAAGGAAUGUUCAUUCCUCAGCACAGACAAUAUCAGAAACAUUGGUGUACAGGGACCAGAAUGCAUCGAAUUAACUAGAUAUGACACUGGUGCCAUUAGAGCUCAUGAUGGUAGUCUCCAGCACCUCACAUGGCUUGGUCUUCAGUGGGACUCGCUACCAACUCUUCAAGUCAUUCGCAAAUGGUUAAAGCAGCUUUUUCAUUUACCUCAAGAAACAUCAAGGCUGGAGACCAAUUCUCCUGAAUCUAUUUGCAUGUUGGACCUUGAAGUGUUUCUGCUUGGAGUGAUAUUCACCAGUCGUUUGCAGUUGCAAGAGAAGUUUAAUAUUCAGUACUCUGUACAUCAGCCUCGAUUCCUGCCACUGCAUAUAUACAAACAACUUUGUACUGAAAGGCAAAAGGCCUGGUGGGAUGCCGUUUAUGCUUUGAUUCACAAACGAGCUGUACCUGGGAAAGCAGCAAAACUGAGGCUUCUAAUUCAGCAUGAAAUAAACAUCCUCAGGGCAUUAGGAAGACAUGGUCUUCAACCAGCUUUGGUUAUUCACUGGGCAAAAAGUCUUUUAAAAACAGGUUGUAGCCUUAAUUCUUUCUAUGAUCAAAGAGAAUACAUUGGACGAAGUGUUUACUAUUGGAAGAAAGCUUUACCAAUGCUGGAGACAAUCAAGAAAAAGAGAAAUAUUUCUGAACCAAUUGAUCCCUUGUUCAAGCAUUUUCAUAGUGAAGAUAUUCAGCCUUCCCAGGUUGAAGAAUAUCAGGAGGAAGCACACAUAGCAUUUGCUAUUUUGGAUGCUGUUGAUGGAAAAACAGAUGAUGCUAUGCAAGCAUUUGAAGCUAUCAAAAAUGUUGUUGCGUACUGGAAUCUUGCUCUGAUUUUCCAGAGGAAAUCGGAAGAGAUGGAAAAUGAUGGCUUGUCAGUGGAAGAACAGGAAGAAUGCAAGAACCAUCUAAAGAAAAGCAGAGACUAUCUUAUAAAGAUAAUUGACGAAAGCUGCACAGACAGUUCAGUAAUUGAAAAGUUACCUGUAUCCAUAGAGACAGUGAAAGAAAUGCUGGAAUGUGUAAUGCAGGAACUUGGGGAUAGUGGUGAAGAACGGGGUCUUGCUUUAAACAAUGAUUUGGGCCAACCAGCAGAAGCAGAAAUGAAACAUUCUACUCCAUCACCCACAAAAUUUUCGUUAUCUCCAAGUAAAAGUUACAAGUUUUCCCCUAAAACUCCCCCUCGAUGGGCAGAGGAUCAAAAAUCUCUCCUUCAGAUGAUCUGUCAGCAAGUAGAAUCUAUUAAGAAUGAGAUGCAAGAAAUGAAACUUAAUAAUUCUAACACAAAUAUGACUCAACGGUGGCCUGCUGAAAGCUAUGCAACAGAGACCAUGUCAGAUGGCUAUCAAGGAUCACAGAAUUUUCAUGGAGCACCAUUAACUGUUGCUACAACAGGCCCAUCUGUCUACUACAGUGCAUCACCAGCAUAUAAUUCCCAGUAUCUUCUAAGGACAGCAGCCACAAAUGUGACCCCCACAAAGGCUCCUGUCUAUGCCAUGAACAGGCUUACUCCUCAGCAACAGCUAUAUACCUACCAACAGCCAAUGCAUACACCUCCACUGAACACUUCUGCUUGUAUGUUUUCACAAGAAAUAUAUGGAACUCCGCUGCGUUUUGAUUCUCCUGCAACUGGAAUUUUGUCUCCUCGGGGUAAUGAAGACUACUACAACUACAGUGUGCCACCAACAAGCACAAACCCACCACUACCUGAACCAGGGUAUUUCACAAAACCUCCAGCAGCACCUCCAACUACCAGAUCUGCAGAAUCAAAGGUGAUUGAAUUUGGGAAGCCCAGCUUUGGCCAAUCUACACCAGCAGAGGGACCAAAAUCUUCCCUUAUAACUUCCGCUCACUCUACUCAGUCAACUCCUUUCAAGUUUAAUUCUAAUUUCAAAUCUAAUGAUGGUGAUUUUACUUUUUCAUCACCCCAGGUUGUACCACAGCCCCAGAGUACAACCUAUAGUAACAGUGAGAGUCUUUUGGGCCUCCUUACCUCAGACAAACCUGGAAAAGAAAAUACAUACAUAGGACAGAAGCCACUUGCUGAUUAUAACACAGGGCAGCGUACCAUCUUCAGUUUUGGUGGCAAGAAUACUUCAGGCAUUUCAUUUACAGAUAAAAUGGGGCAGAAUCAAACCAAGCCAUCGGGGUAUAGUAAAGGAGAUGUGUUCAGCUUUCAGGAAUCUGGGAAGCCCAUAUUUGGAACACCAAAUUCAGAUGUAGCAAAUCGAAGUCAUGAAACAGAGGGGGGAAGUGUUCAUGGUGGGGAUGAGGAGGAAGAUGGUCCUCAUUUUGAACCUGUUGUGCCAUUACCUGACAAAAUUGAAGUAAAAACUGGUGAAGAAGAUGAAGAGGAGAUCUUCUGCAACAGAGCAAAACUCUUUCGUUUUGAUGGUGAAUCCAAAGAGUGGAAAGAGAGAGGAGUUGGCAAUGUGAAAAUUCUGAGGCAUAAAAUAACUGGUAAAAUUCGUCUUCUAAUGAGGCGUGAGCAAGUGCUAAAAAUUUGUGCAAAUCACUAUAUAAAUCCUGAAAUGAAUUUGAAACCCAAUGCCGGAUCAGACAAAUCAUUUGUGUGGCAUGCCUUGGAUUAUGCAGAUGAACUGCCAAAACCUGAGCAACUUGCCGUCCGAUUUAAAACACCAGAGGAAGCAAUGCUUUUCAAAUGCAAAUUUGAGGAGGCACAAAACAGUUUGAAAGGCUCUGGAUCUGAGGUUAGUCAACAGGCUGCUCAGAAUAUUGCGUCCUCAAGAGAAAAUGCUACUGAGGAUGCAAAGGACUCUGAUAAAUAUGAUCCUGCAGUCUUGAAUUCAGAAUGCCAUUUCAAGAGUGGAACAUCUGCUCCCAGUAGCUUUCGGGGUGCAGGUCCUGAUAUCAGCAAUACAGCAAAAAUCACUAAUGUUAAAAAUACCUUUACAGUUACAUUGAGUGAGGCCUCUACACCUGCAUCCUUCUCUUUUGGUAAAGAAGUAUCAGGGGCACAUGCUACUCAUGGAUUUGGUGAACAGUUCGUAUUGAAGAAAGAUCAGUGGGAGUGUAGCACAUGCCUCGUGAGGAAUAAAAUGACUGCACAGAACUGUAUAGCAUGCCAGACUCCAAAUCCGUCUCAGAGGGAAGCACAAACGACACUUCUCCCAGCAGAACCAAGGCUUUUCAAACCAAGUGCUGAAGGUACACAGAGUACAUUUGGACAAGUUUCUACCAAAAAAGAAAACCAGUGGGAAUGUAGAGUCUGUUCUGUGAGAAAUGAAGGCAAUUCAUCUCACUGUAUUGGCUGUAAGAACCCCAAUGUAACCAGCACAUCAGUUUCUACUCCUCAGACUACAUUCAAAUUUGGCCAUAUGGACACUUCAAAGAUCCCCCAGAGUGGGUUUGGAACAGCUUUUAUGAAAAAGGAAGGCCAGUGGGACUGCAGUGUGUGCUUAAUACGCAACGAAGGCUCUUCUCCGACUUGUGCAGCUUGUCAAACUCCAAAUCCAUCUGGUGAUGUUCCAGCUCUACCUGGCAGUUCUCAGCAUCCCAUGUUUGGUUUCAAAAGCAAGUUGUCUGAACCCACUGGAGGACCACAAGGGACAGGCUUUAAGUGUGAAAUAUCUGAGAAGGGUUUUAAAUUUGGUCAUCAUCCAGAGCAAGGAAAGUCUCCUUUCACAUUUCAGAUUCCUACUACUACUGAAACUAAGCCUACUAAGGGCGGGUUUAAUUUUUCAAUGCCUGUGCCUGAGGGAGGAUUUAAAUUUGGUAUACAAGAGCCUAAUAAAGAUGUUACCACUGAGCAGCAUAAUGGCCUUGAGGAAAAAGAGGGGGUGCGUCAGGAAGAUUCUGUAAUCAAGUCACAGGAUAACACCAGCAAACAGGGCACGGACUUGGUUUUUGGUCAGCAUAGUAGCACUUUCACGUUUGCUGACCUCGCAAAAACUGGCGAAGGGUUUCAGUUUGGUCAAAAAGAUCCAAAUUUCAAGGGUUUUACUGGGGCUGGAGAAAAGCUCUUUUCCUCUCAAACUGCCAAAAUGUCUUCCAAAGCAAAUAAUUCUGCUGAUCUUGAGAAGGAUGAUGACGCAUAUAAAACAGAAGAAAAUGAUGAUAUCCAUUUUGAACCUGUUGUCCAGAUGCCUGAAAAGGUGGAACUCGUAACAGGUGAAGAAGAUGAGAUGGUGCUGUAUUCACAGAGAGUAAAACUGUUUAGGUUUGAUGCAGAAACUAGCCAGUGGAAAGAACGCGGUGUAGGCAACUUGAAAAUCCUGAAGAACGAAGUGAAUGGCAAGCUCCGAAUGCUCAUGCGACGUGAGCAGGUACUGAAGGUUUGUGCAAACCACUGGAUCACAACUACCAUGAACUUGAAGCCUCUUUCUGGCUCAGACAAGGCGUGGAUGUGGUUGGCCAGUGACUUCUCAGAUGGUGAUGCAAAGCUGGAGCAAUUGGCAGCUAAAUUCAAAACCCCAGAGCAGGCUGAGGAAUUUAAACUGAAAUUUGAAGAAUGCCAAAGGCUGUUGCUGGAUAUACCGCUCCAGACUCCACACAAACUUGUGGAUACAGGGAAAACAGCUGAGCUCAUACAGAAAGCUGAAGAAAUGAAAAGUGGGUUGAAAGAUCUCAAAACCUUCCUGACAGAUGAUAAAACCAAAUUGGCAGACGAAGAGUGUAAAGGCGCUGCAUCUGUCACAAACUCUUCUGAUCUAGUUAUAAAACCACAUGCAGAAAGUACUGGGCCUACACUGGAAUGGGACAAUUAUGACUUGCGAGGAGAAGCAUUGGAUGAUACCGCAGAUAAUUCUAUAUAUGCACUGCCUCGGGCAAGUAGCCCUGUAAGGAAAAAUUUAUUUAGGUUUGGAGAAUCUACUACAGGCUUUAACUUUAGUUUUAAAUCAGCCCUAAGUCCUUCAAAGUCUCCUUCCAAACAGAAUCAAAGUAGGGCUUCUUUAGGCACAGAUGAGGAGUCUGAUGUUACCCAAGAAGAUGAAAGAGAUGGUCAGUACUUCGAGCCAGUGGUUCCUUUACCUGAUCUUGUAGAAGUAACAAGUGGUGAAGAGAAUGAGCAAGUUGUCUUCAGUCACCGGGCUAAACUGUAUAGAUUUGAUAAAGAUGCCAAUCAGUGGAAAGAGCGGGGUAUUGGAGACAUUAAGAUCUUGCAGAACUAUGACACUAAAACAGUUCGUAUAGUCAUGAGAAGGGACCAGGUAUUAAAGCUUUGUGCCAAUCAUAGGAUAACCCCAGAUAUGAACAUCCAGCAAAUGAAAGGCACCGAACGAGCGUGGGUAUGGACAGCAUGCGACUUCGCCGAAGGGGAAAGAAAAAUGGAGCUCUUGGCGGUACGAUUUAAACUGCAGGAUGUUGCUGACUCUUUCAAGCAAAUUUUUGAGGAAGCGAAACAUGCUCAAGAAAAAGACACAUUAAUCACACCACUGUCUUCACGUGCUAACACCCCGAAAGAGUCUCCAUGUGGGAAGAUUGCUGUGGCAGUAUUGGAAGAAACAACGAGGGAGAGAACAGAUCUAAAGCAGGAUGAAAAAACAGUGGUACAAACUGUAGAGCCUUCAGCUGUGGUGGGUACUUCUGAGAUGCCAGUGAAAGCAGUCGUUUCACCGCCUAAAUUUGUCUUUGGUUCAGAAUCUGUCAAAAGUAUUUUUAACAAUGGGAAAUCAAAGCCUUUCACAUUUGGAAAUACUUCAGCAACAGGAUCUUUGUUUGGCUUUAGUUUUAAUGCUCCUCCCAAGAGCAAAAGUGAUAGCUCAGUGUGUCAGACAGUGAAACAGAAACAGCCGGAACAGACACAUGAGACUAUGACUUGUAAAGCUACUGAACAUCAAGAAAGUGCAGCGGCUGCUGGUGCUACUGCUUGGAAAGCCUCAGACAGCAAAGGAGCGAUGCAAGUGGCUACUUCAAAAGGACUUCCUAACUUUUCAUUUAAAAUACUAGAAAAAGUGAUUGAGACUAAGAAAGAACCAGAUACGGAGACAUCAGAUGAUGUAUUGGUUGUAUAUGAGUUAACACCCACUCCUGAACAAAGGGCUCUUGCAGAAUCCCUUAGACUACCUCCAACAUUUUUCUGCUACAAGAACAAGCCUGGAUAUUUCAGUGAAGAUGAUGAUGACGAGGACUAUGAAACUGCUGUGAAGCGGCUGAAUGGAAAACUGUAUCCUGAUGAACCUGAGACACAUACUCAACAGAAAGUUGAAACAACUGCCACUGGGGAAGAUGAACCAGAAAGUAAAAAUGAGUGUGUUCUUGUAUGGGAGAAGAAGCCAACUCCAGAAGAAAAAGCUAAAGCAGAGACUCUGAUGCUUCCUUCAACCUUUCUCUGUGGCAUUGGUAGUGAAACUGAAGAAGACAAUGACAAUGUGGAAGACUUUCAAACAGAACUUAGAAAAGUUCAAAAAGCUACAGAAGCUCAGGUCGAUGAAGUGACCAGUUCAACCGAUGAGGUUUGCUCCACUAAGGAAGAAGAGCCGGUAGCGACGAGUAGAACUGAAGAGCCAGAUUCUUCUACUCCAAGUAGACCUGAGGAACCAGAUUCUAGUACCAUGUCUGCACAUUAUAUGCGGACCUUAUUAGCAACAGAUGACAAACCUGUCGACUUGUCGACUAAAAAAGAAAGUAAUGAAAGUUCUUCAUCCGCUGCAGACCAAGAACACAAACCUUUCUUAUUUGCUCUUGGCAACACGCCUGGCUUGUCAUUUGCUGAUCUGGCUUCAAAUAAUUCUGGAGAUUUUGCCUUUGGUGCUAAAGACAAAAACUUCAAGUGGGCAAAUACAGGAGCAACUGUAUUUGGAGUACAAGCAGUUACUAAAGGAGAGAACGAAGAAGAUGGGAGUGAUGAAGAAGUUGUACAUAGUGAUGACAUUCACUUUGAGCCCAUAGUAUCACUGCCAGAGGUUGAAGUGAAGUCAGGAGAAGAAGAUGAAGAAAUUAUCUUCAAAGAGAGAGCAAAACUCUAUAGAUGGGACCGAGAAGUCAAUCAGUGGAAAGAACGUGGUGUUGGAGAAAUAAAAAUCCUUUUCCAUACACAAAAGAAAUGCUAUAGAAUUUUAAUGAGAAGGGACCAAGUUCUUAAAGUCUGUGCAAAUCACAUAAUCACAAAAGCAAUGGAUUUAAAACCCCUGAAUACCUCGAACAAUGCUAUGGUUUGGACUGCAACAGAUUAUGCUGAUGGUGAAGCUAAGAUAGAACAGCUUGCAGUCCGAUUUAAAAGCCAGGAGCUGGCUGAUUCCUUUAAGAGGAGAUUCGAAGAGUGUCAGCGAAGCUUAUCGGAAUUGCAGAAAGGACAUGUAUCUCUAGCAGCAGAAUUGUCUAAGGAAACUAAUCCUGUGGUGUAUUUUGAGAUUUCUGCUGAUGACGAGCCUUUAGGGCAUGUAACAAUAGAAUUAUUUUCAAAUAUUGUUCCACGAACUGCUGAGAAUUUCAGGGCAUUAUGCACAGGAGAAAAAGGAUUUGGCUUCCGAAACUCCGUAUUUCACAGAAUAAUUCCAGAUUUUAUCUGUCAAGGAGGUGAUAUCACUAGACAGGAUGGAACAGGUGGAAAAUCCAUUUAUGGUGAUACAUUUGAAGAUGAAAACUUUGAAAUAAAACACACUGGACCUGGCUUACUGUCAAUGGCAAAUCGUGGUAGAGACACCAACAAUUCUCAAUUCUUCAUCACUCUCAAAAAAGCAGAGUACUUGGACUUUAAACAUGUUGUCUUUGGGUAUGUAAAGGAUGGUAUGGAUGUUGUGAAAAAAGUAGAAUCAUUUGGCUCUCCCAAAGGGAGUGUGUCAAAAAGAAUUAUGAUUACAGACUGUGGGCAAAUAUAAAAGCAUGACUCUGACCAGUAUGCAGAUUAAAAGAUCAAUCAGUAUUAAACAGAUUUAGACAAGAUUAUGUUCACCUUUUUUUAAAAAAAAUGAACAUUUCUAAUGUGUAAAUGUAAUGUUACAGCUUAUAGCUGAGUACUUUUUAAAUGUGUUUCAGUUGAUUUGCAUGUUGUGAAAUAAAAGUUCAAACACUGGUAAAUUUUGUUGUAUUUUAUUUUCUCCUGAUUUUUGUAUUAAAUAAUUUAAAAUGAAUCCCAGGACCGUGAACAUUCUGUUACUCUGCUUUGUGUAAGUCUGAUCUGUGCAAGUUUUCCAGUUUUAACUAAAUUAAAUAAAAUUACAAACUACUAUGUGA